CGUCAGUGUACGAAAUGCCGUCGACCCGCGGGUACUAGGCGCCUCGACGCUCCAAUUUUUAGAACCUUAUAAUUUUUUUUAGAAAAAAAUUAAGAAAUGUCCAAAGCAGAGACUAACACCGAUGAUCCUCCAAGGAAAAUUCCCCGUCUCGACAGUGACGGGGAAGAAGGGAAGACAUCGUGCCCAGUGACGGGCAGUGGCAGCCAGGGCUCGGAUAAAGAAGAUACACUGUGGACUUGGGCAGCAAUUGGACUACCUUCUACUCGGGCAUCUGGUGGUAACGAUAUGCUAUCAAACUCUCGGUACGAAGGCUUCCAGCUUUUAGAUGAAGUACACGAUGGUGAUGAGGAUGACAACGAUGAACCAGAUGGACAAGAUUCCGAGGAGGACUACGAAUACGAUUCUGAGGUGCCAGAGGAAGAGAUUGAUGCCCUUCUGGAAGAAGGACUUCCAGAGGAAAUGAAGGGACCAAGAAAAAGAAAAAGGGACACUGUUCUCGGAGAUGGAGAAGAAGCACCGUAUGAUGAGAGACAAAAAGUUGUGCUUGUUGAGAAAGGCAGCAACCAUUUUGAGGUGCUGCCCGAGGGUUGGGUGCAGGUGACCCACAACAGCGGCAUGCCCGUUUAUCUCCACAAGCAAUCCAGAGUUUGUACUAUGGCAAAGCCCUACUUUCUUGGCCAAGCCAGUGUUAGGAAACAUGACAUUCCUUUGAGUGCCAUCCCAUGCUUUCAGUACCAAAAAGCUCUGGAAGUGGAAAAUGACAACACAGAGGAGAACAAAGAGAAUGCUGAACAAGAGAACAGUGAUCAAGAAGACCAACCAAAAGGAGAUGAAGCACAAAUAACUGUGAUGGAAAAUGGAAUUGAUAACAUAAAAUCAGCAUCGAGUGGGAGUCGACCAUCAGGGUGUCCCAUGACAAGUGGAAGUCUGGCUGCUGCUCUUGCCCUUAACACUAAUAAAGAAGGAGUGGCUCCACCUGCUGCACUGAUGGUGGGUAAUGCCAAAAUCGAGACUGCAGUCGAAAACUUACAACAACAGUCUCUCGAUGUGACAGAGCUUCGAGAGUACUGUAAAAAGCGUUUCCAGUUUAAGAGCAUCAAAAUUAUAAGAUUUAAGUCUUGGGCAGAAAGGAGAAGAUUCCAGAAGUUGAAUAAAAAGAAAGAUCGUCCCCAGUUACCUGAAGGGACCAAACUAAUCUCCCUGAGGAGACAAGAGGAGGAUGGUGCUCCAGCAGCUAGCAGUAAAAAGGAAUGGAUUAUGAACCCUAAAGGAAAGAGUUACGUAUGUAUCCUGCACGAAUAUGUUCAACACGCUUUAAAAAAGCAACCCAAAUAUGUCUUCAAAGAAGUUGAAAAUGCAGCAACUCCUUAUGCAGCGACCAUUAUUAUCAAUGACAUGCAAUACAGCACAGGAUAUGGGAGCAGUAAAAAGCAAGCUAAAACAGAGGCCGCCAAGGCAACGCUAGAAAUCCUGUUGCCUGAGCUGGGGGAAAAGAUCAGAGAGGAGUCGAACACUAAAGGAGAUGCUGAUCUGUCUUUCUUUGACGAGAUUCGCAUUGAAGACCCCCGAGUCCCCGAGCUAUGUAACAAGACCAGUGAGCUUUCUCCAUACUCCAUACUACUCAACUGCUUACAAAGGAACUUUGGCCUUAAUGGGGCAAACAUAGACUCAAGAUUAGUGACACAGAAGAAUCAAAAAAAUGAAUUUGUGAUGACUGUUGGGAAGCACACAGUACAGGUGCAGUGUAAAAACAAGAAGGACGGCAAGCAGAGAGCCUCUCAGGCCAUCCUUCAGAAACUUCAUCCACACAUCAGUAGCUGGGGAUCUUUACUAAGGUUGUAUGGAAAUAGAUCAAUGCAAACCAUGAGAGAGAAAAAAGCAGAAGAACAAGAGAUCACAUUACUGCAGUCAAAUGCCACAGUCAAUCAACCCAAUACUUCCAUCAUUAAUAAGCUCAAGCAAGAAAUGCUGAAACUGCAAGAAAUGAAGAACUCCAUCCAACCCAUCGGAAAGUUCCUUCCUCCAGAGGAUGUUGCUCUUCCAUCUGCUUCAGGAAUAGAUCUGAACAAUGUGGAUUUAUAGAUAAAUAUUUUCAGCCUGACUGUACAAUGUUUGAGACUGACUUAGAGAUACUGGGGGGGGUCCACUACCAGUGCUACCGAGACACUCUUUUAGAGUUAAUCUUGGCAGCUAAUCAUGAAGAUGAGACAUUUUAUCCUCACUAAAUAUAAUGUCUCAUGUUUUAAAUUUUUACAAAUAGUUUUAUCCUGAAGGUCUAUUUAUCUACCCGGCAAGUCUCCAUUGGGUACCAGUUUGACUUGGCUGUAGACGGUGAGUGCUAUGCACCUUUAUGCAUUCUGGGUGACUGUCAUUGAGCUGUGAUGAAAGAAAUGACAACAAAAAUAACUGUGAUAUCGAGAGUGCAUAUGAUACAUGAAUUUUAUACAUCUUUAUUUAUUUUGAGCAAUGUAAUAUUGAGAGCUGGUCAUUACUAUACAUAGAAUCGGUGGCCCGAGUACCAUAAAUGACGUAUAAUUUAGAGUAUUGUUAGUGAUUACAUUUGUUUUUAAUAUUAUUAUUUGUUAUUAUUUGUUUUGUCAAUAGUUUGCCAUUUGUAUUAAAAAAUAUAUAUUUAUAAGUAAUUAUAAUGCAUUUAGACACUGACAGAAAACUAAGUAAGUGACAUAUUGUUAAAUAUUCCGGAACUCCUGUAACUAUGACUAAAAAAUUGACUUUUCCACAGCAUUAGAGCAUUUAAGGUAUGAAUGGCAAAUGCUUGCAAAAAUAUAUUAUUUUUAUGAAUUGAAAAGUGCCUACCUAAUUGUGUUAAUGGGAGGGGAGCUCUAGUUCUAGGGACCCAUCCCUUAGCUAUGGUAACUAGUUUAUUUAUUUAUUCCUCCUGAUGUUCCAGUACUCUGACGCACUUGGCGUUGAAGCUUUCACUCGUGGCUUCAUUUAUUUCACUUCAUUUAUUUUCAGUUCUGGUCCUCAGUUCCUUUCUCAUAUCGCUAUUACUGUUCUUGUUUAAAUUUGUUUGAGUUUCUGCAUCUUUUUUUUUUAUUACCUGGUAUCGAUUUCAUGCUGGAGCUGCGUAUUGUGGUUGAAGAAUUCUUUGCCAAAGGUCUUCAAAUCCAUCCUAAUAGUCUCUACGACCAUUAGGAUGGGCUGAUCCUAAUGGUCGCGGCUAAUGGUCUCUCUAGUUCUAGUUCCACAUAUGCAUAUGCUAUUUAGUUUAUAAGUGCAUCUCGUGAUAACAUUAGCGUUAGAUUUCCUUCCAGAUAUUUUCCUUUUGUAUAUUUUUACACAUGCCUCCCUCGUAUAUUGUACUUGGUUGAUUCAUGCUUCUUUAAUGGAAAAUAGCUCUGCCCAUUGUUGUUGUGACUGUCUUGUCCAACUUAGGUUCUUGUAUCUAUUAGUUGACUAUGCUUCUCUGAAGGAUGAUAGGAAACUGUGCUUCCCAACAGUGUUUGCUUGAUGUGUGUUCAGUGAUUCCAGUUCCUUCCAUUUAAAUAAGGUUAUGUAUUUCUGCUUUUGUAUUGGCAUUUUUAGUAGUUUUUAAUUACAUUAGAUUGAAUUAUACAUUGAAGUGGUAUUUGACCAUUCUGGCUAAGCACUUUAAGUAACACUUACGUUGGGGUGUUACUUAACUGGGGGGGAUAACGCUUUUUGCGUCCUAAAAUCAAUUCACAUAAUUUGGGGAAAGAGGCAAUGUGUGUCCAAAAUGCCCCAAAAUUCUAUUUAUUUUCCGAUUAUUAUGAGACUUGUUUUAAAAUGUGCAGCAAUGUCUUGUGCCAAUUUGAUAAAAAAAAUGAACUAACAUUGAGGUGAGAAAAUUGGAAACAGUUUAAACAUUGGAGUGUGGUUGUGCGCUCACGGGCACUGCCUGGGACUGUGCCUGGCCUACAUUGCGGUGUGGUUGUGUGCUCACGGGCACUGCCUGGGACUGUGCCUGGCCUACCUUGCAGUGUGGUUCUGCACUCACGGGUCCCGCCUGGGACUGUGCCUGGCCUACCUUGUGGUGUGCUGAGGGUGGCGCGCCAGCCUAGGCAAAGUGUUAACUAGAUAAAUUACCAACGUUUCUGCCUUUACCUACAGUCUGUCUAGGUCCUGUGGUGUGUUUAUAUUCGUGUAAGCUCUGCUUUUCUUAUCAGUUUUUGUUUCAUGAAACCAUUUUCAUGUUUGAUUCAAGUUUGAUUCAAGAUAAGUUACAUAUAUCAAUGGGUUAAUAUGUUUUUUAAUAUGAACAUAAUAUAUUUAUGGAUAAACAUACUGGUAAUUAUAUUUGGACUAGUGUUUUUGUUUCGUCUAAUAUUGAUAUUCUAAUCUUAAACUUAUCCAUGUUUUGAUUUAUUCUUGCAUUGUAUUGUGGGUAAGAAUAAGUUUGGCGUGAACCGAAUUUAACACUACAGGUAAAUAUUUACAGACAUUUAACAUCACUUUUAAUAUAUCUCACUUUUAACAUUGAAAGAUCAGAAAUAUGCUUUCUGCAGAGUUACAGGUGUACAAGAAUAUUUAGCAAUAUUUAAAUUAGUUAGUUUCUAAUUAAAAUAAUAUAAGCAUGUAUUUAUUAAGUGUAAACAAAUUUCAACAUACAAAUUGUAUGUUGAAAAAAUAUCUGAGCAGAUUGCUCAGAUAUACCAGAUAUAACUGCACUGGCCAAACUGUAAACCAAUUUUACCAAACCAAACUAAUCUUUAAUUAAUCUGCUGUUAGUUUUUCUGACAAUUAUAUCACAGUGUGACAUUAAUGUACAGUCCCUGUGGGUCAAUUUUGUUUGAACAGCGUUACCGUGAGGUUACCUUGAGGUGCUUCCGGGGCUCAGCGUUCCCGUAGCCCGGUUGUCGACCAGGCCUCAUGGUUGCUGGACUGGUCAACCAGGCUGUAGGACGCGGCUGCUCGCAGCCUGACGUACGAAUCACAGCCUGGUUGAUCAGACCUGGUUGAUCAGACCUGGUUGAUCAGCCAGCGUUAUCAACGUUGUUUGCUCAGAUUUGCUCGUGGGGCUUGUAGAGUGGUAUAAUGUGCAGAUACGCCAAGUCCAAAAAAAAAAAAAGUUCAUUGAUUGUGGAAUUUCAUAACAGACUACUGUAUAGGAGGGUUUUAUGUAAUCUUACUGUAGUUUGUAAUCUAGAUGCUAAAAUUUGAUUGUAAUCUGAAUUGAAAAUGAAUUUUCUUGUUACAUAGGAGAGCUCUUAAAAACUUUUUGUAAGUGAUCAGUUGAUACUUAAAGUGGUGUGUGCCAAAGAGGAAUAAAGCUGGUCUACUC